GGAGGGAGAGUUCCCAUCAAACAAUUAAGGACUGUCAGGUCGCCUUACUCCGUUGGCAACCUCCAUCUCAAAACAUUCAUGAACUCUUACCCGCAUUGACCAAUACCGCUCCUGCGGCAUUGGCUGUUCAAAAAGAAGAAUAUGAACAUAAGCUCAAUCAACUUACUAGUUCAAUGAAUACUUUAAAAGAAGAACAUGAUAAACAAAUUAAUGACUUUGCUAAUAAAUUAGAAAAUCAGAAGCGUGAAUACGAAACGCAAAUCAACGAUUUUGUCGCCGCUUUGGCCUCUCAAAAGGAGGGAUAUGAAUCACAACUUAACGAUUUAUCAGCUGUCUUAGCUACAGAAAGGCAAACAUUUGAGCAGAAAAUUAAUGAGUCUAAUGCGAAAAUGAAUGAGUCGAAUACGAAAAUGAACGAAUUGACCGCAGCAUUAGAUGAUCAAAGGAAACAACAUGAUGAACAACUUAAGCAAUAUAAUGCCUUAUUGUCUACAAAACAAGAAUAUGAAAUUGCGCUAAAAGAGCGUGAUUCAAUUAUUUCUAAACUUCAAAAUGAUAUUAGCAGUGUUGCAGCUGAAAAAGGAAAAUUAAGUCAAGUUGUAAAACAAUUGGAAGAAACUAUGAAGUCUAAAUCAACAACACAAGAACAAAAAGAGGAUAAAGUUGGAAAAUUGGAAGACGAAAUUAGCAGUAUAAAGAAUCAACUUUCUAGUUUAGCAAUUAGCGCUUCUGUUACACCUACACCGCUAUCAGAUCCAGGUAAUCGCUCCAACAAUGGAUCAGAUGAGACUUCUUCAGAACCUCUGAUUGGACCACAUAUUCCUCCAUUCCAAACUGGUGGUGCCGGACAGCAACAACCGCCAUCAAGUGGUGGAUAUAUGUAUCAGUCACCAUAUGGAAAUUAUACACAACAACCUCAAUUUUACCAAGGUCAACAACAGUAUUAUAGUCCAGGUCAAACACCAUACGGCUACCAACAACAACCAAUUUACGGACAACAAGGUUAUCAGCAACCUUACGGACAGCAAGGACAGCAACCUUAUGGACAACCUCAAAGUGGAUUUGUUGGUGGAUUCAUGGUUCCUGAUGACGCACCACCAGGUUAG